UAGAAAAGUUGUACAUGAUAUCAGUUGGCAGGCUUAGGUCGAAAAAUUCACAGUCAUCGCAACUCAGCACUUAACGAAAGGGGUAUAUAUAUCUUUGUCUUAUACUCGUUUAACGAAUAUCGCGUAAAUGCUGUAACGCUGACGCUGACUGUGUGUUAGUACAUAGAAAUUCUAAAUUCUCGCUCUCCUGGCAAGCGGUCAAAAAUAAACAACAAACACAAAGAAAAAAAAUAAAAGCAAUUAAAUGAGUGGCACGCUGUCAUUGCCAAACAACGCCAUAGGCGCUGCAGAUGUUCUCGCCGAAGAUCCGACUAUGGAUGUAGAGGUUCCGAAAAAUAACAGUUUCUUUCUAUGGCAGUGGUUUUGUAACUGGACUUCGACAUCACCAAUAAUGCUGCGCGCCGUUGAGAAGAAGAUUCUAUCAUAUCUAAAGCUGCCUUACCGGGGCUACUUCGUGGACAUUGGACCAGCUGUGGGUGAGGCUGACAAAAUAUGGACGGUCAGCAUGAACACAGACUCCAAAGAGGUGCCGCUGGUGAUGUUGCACGGGUUGGGCGCCGGCGUCGCACUCUGGGUGAUGAAUCUCGAUUCGUUUGCCAAGGAUCGUCCGGUCUAUGCGAUGGAUGUGCUCGGCUUUGGUCGCAGCUCGAGGCCACAGUUUGGCAAGGAUGCUCUGGUGUGCGAGAAGCAGUUUGUUAAAUCUGUUGAAGAAUGGCGUCGCGAAAUGAACAUCAGUAAUAUGAUUCUGUUGGGCCACUCCAUGGGCGGCUUCAUUGCCUCCAGCUAUGCGUUGAGCUAUCCGGAGCGUGUACGCCAUCUGAUUCUAGCUGAUCCUUGGGGCUUUCCCGAGAAACCCACCGAUUCGACGAAUACCAAACAGAUCCCAUUGUGGGUGCGCGCCAUUGCACGCAUUCUGACGCCACUGAAUCCGUUGUGGGCUCUGCGUGCCGCUGGCCCAUUUGGCCAGUGGGUGGUGCAGAAGACGCGACCGGAUAUAAUGCGAAAGUUCCAGCAGACCAUUGAGGAGGACAUCAAUUUGCUGCCCCAGUACAUACACCAGUGCAAUGCACAAAGUCCGAGCGGCGAAUCGGCGUUCCACAGCAUGAUGCAGUCAUUUGGUUGGGCCAAGCAUCCCAUGAUCAAUCGUAUCAAGGAUGUGCGCAGCGAUAUACCCAUUACAUUCAUCUAUGGUUCGCGCAGCUGGAUCGACUCGUCGUCGGGCGAGAAAAUCAAAUCGCAGCGUGGCACCAAUAUGGUGGACAUUAAAAUUGUAACCGGAGCCGGUCACCACGUGUAUGCCGACAAGCCGGACGUAUUCAAUCGCUACGUCAAUGAGACCUGUGAUAUGUACAAAGUUGGUCGUCUACAGCCAGCAGCAUCGUCCCCGUUGCAGUUCAUACGCGAAUCCACCGAAUCCGAUGAGGAGCACGAGCUGCCCAAUUUGAAAUCAGCAGCGGAAACGAUGGAAAUAAAGCAACAACCAAAUGUUAGCCAAGGCGUAACAUCAACCACAUCGACAAGAGCAACAACAGCGACAACUCCAGUUGUAGAUAUGGGCGAUAUGAAUCGGAAAUUAUAAAACUAACAAUAUUUUUCGACCUUAAAUUAUAAAUCUAGCUCUACUUACUAUGUGUCUAUUCUAUUAGCGUUCUUUUUAGUAUUAAAUGUUGUCUUAUCUACAUA